ACACACACAAAAAAAAGUAGCCUAAGGAAGUAACGUGUAGAGCACCAGGUAGCAAAGGAAAAGAAAAAGAAAAAGAGAGAAAAAGAGAAUAGGAUUUGGAAAAGUCCGGCGGUGUGUGUGGGGGUUUGCCGAUCGGCUAUUAUUGUGGGUAUAUAUAUAUAUAUAUAUAUAUAUCGUCUAAGUUGGGGAAUGUGUUGGUGGAAGCAGCAGCAUCUCCAGAUCAUCGACUACUCCUCAACAUCCAUCCAUCAGUUUUCCCCGUCUCUACUGAAAUGGUCUGUAGGGACAAUCGCCCCAGUGAUGAGAUUUACAGCUUAAUCUGGACUCAAGAUUUCUCGCAAUGCGAAUAGUGUCAAAUGACAGCUUGGUAGUGGAUAGUUCAGAAACAGAACCCAUCUUAUCUCAGAUUGCUAUUAUUGAGGAAUCUGAGGACACUUCACCUUCAACUGAAAUUACUGCAAGCGAGGAUUGUUUGGAGACUGCUGCUGACCUGCCAGGUGUUGGAGUCGACCCAAUUCAAUAUUUGUCACAUGCUGAACUGUCACAAUGUCGCAUAUGCUUGGACAAUGAAGGAGAAGAUCUGAUUGCACCCUGCCAUUGUAAAGGAACACAAAAGUAUGUCCACAGAUCAUGUCUCGAUAACUGGAGAUCAACUAAGGAGGGAUUUGCUUUUGCUCACUGUACCGAAUGCAGGGCAAAGUUCAUAUUACGGGCAAAUGUCCCACCUGAUCGCUGGUGGUUGAGAUUAAAAUUCCAAUUCCUUGUGGCAAGAGAUCAUGCAUUCAUUUUCCUCAUUGUUCAGUUGAUUGUAGCAUUCUUCGGUGUACUUGUAUACAAGUUCUACGGAGCGGAACUAAGGGAAAUGUUUGGCUACCAAGAGCAUCCAUAUGGCUUUUAUGCAAUGGCAGUUUUGGCAAUUGUAUUGGUGGGUUUGCUUUAUGGUUUCUUCAUAGCAAUAAUUUGUGGCCAGAGAAUUAGUGAACGCCAUUAUCACGUCCUUGCCAAAAAAGAACUCACAAAGGAAUAUGUGGUAGAAGAUCUGGAAAGGUUAACGAAAGAUGUUCCGGAACUUGAUCCUAACCAUGUUACGGAGCUAAGAAUGCUGGGCCUCUAUUAAGAUUCAUGGCGAUCUAGCAAGUACUCACCCUCACUGGAGUAUAUAUAGUUUAUUUAAGUGGGAGAACAUGUAUGAACUCUGCCAAAAGAUAUUGAAGCCUGUCGACUGUACCCUUAACCCAGACAGGGUUUUAUGGAGGGAGGGGGUGCAGAUUCUCUUUAUAUUUUAUAAACACCAUAACAUAUGUUUGGUCAAAAUUUCAAAAGUAAUGCAGGCCAAAAAGAGUUUCAGAAAAAACUAUUUGCGUUAAUUGUGUUUGGCCAAAUUAUUUGAGAAACAGGGUCAUUACUUUCUGUCUUAUUUUUCUUGUUAGUAUAUGUUUAAAAAGUGUCCCUUUCUAUAAGGCUAUUUUGGUAUACUGCAAAUCUUUAGUUUAUGACCACAUUAUUCAAGUCGGGUCAAACCUACAGACAAAUUGAAACUUUUGUAGUAUUAGAUAAAAUGGUGUUAUUUAAGUUUGGAUUUUAUUUAAC